CCUCGGCUUGGUGGCUGAGGCUGGGGUAAUUUGGUCUGUCUAGACCUCUUGAUAAAUCCUCUCAAGUCCCAACAAACACAAAAUUACUGAACCAAAAGUUAGGAACAGGGCUUUUGUAAGACUUCCUCGUCUACUUCACUAAGAUGCACUCCCUAAUCAGGGCAGUUCGGUCACAAUGCAGAGUAACCUCGGAUUCUCUCUCCUCCAUUUUGGGAGGGAAACUUGGUCAUGAAUGUGCUUCAAGACAUGGAUACACUGCACCUUCGUUAGCUUGCUUCAGUGGAAGUGCAAAGUUUGGUGCUUUUCAUGAGGCUGUUUUUUCUCAGGGUUUUCUUCACCGGAGCUUUUCUACUGCUGGCACUCCUGCAGCAUCAAUUACACAGGAUACUACACCUGCUGAAACUCAUGUGCCUACUCGCAUAAAAUUCAAGAGGCUUAACAAAACAGCUAGGCACAUUAUGCAGAUUCUAGAUAAAGAAGCAGUUGAAGAGUUAAGGGGACAGAGAGAAAUUCCUGAUAUUAAGCCAGGGUAUAUUAUCCAGCUCAAAUUGGAAGUUCCUGAGAACAAACGACGUAUUACUACAAUAAAAGGCAUUGUUAUAGCAAGACGGAAUGCAGGAUUAAACUCAACCUUUAGAAUACGAAGAUUAGUUGCUGGAGUUGGGGUGGAGAGUCUUCUUCCAAUGUACUCACCUAACAUAAAGGAGAUUAAAGUGCUGGAUAAGAAGAAAGUGAGGAGAGCCAAGUUAUACUACCUUAGGGAAAAGAUGAACCCUCUAAAGAAAUAGGGACGGACUUUGUUUCAAUUGUAUUGAGAUCAUAUGAUUUGCCACCUAGGAAAAACCAGGGUUCUUCACAGAGAUCUGCAAACUCUUUAUAUGUGAAAUCAACGGUAACUGUGCUGUGGCAUCUUUAGAAUGGCAGUAUCAGAUCAUUUUUGUAAACAUAUCCCAAAACUUUAUAUAUGUCAGUUUGUUUUGCGUAAUUUCUGGUGUGUAAAGAGUGCAAUGUUAUAUUGAGGUUUAUCAAUGUGGUUAGUGAAUCUGAUCGUCGGAUGUUGACAAUGUUUUGCUGUAUGGUGUUUAUUAAGCUGCCGGAGUAAUAAAA